UAAACUUUAGCCUAGGGUUAACUUAUGGAAAGUCAUUUUGCUAAAAUCUUUGUUAGAAAUUUACUGAUCAAGACUGAAAGUGGACUGUAGUUAACCGCAAUGGAGUGUGUUACUCCGUGCAGAGUGGGUGUUCACUGGUUCAGACAUGGGCUGCGUCUUCAUGACAACCCUGCGCUGCUAGAGCUGCUGCGUGAAUGUGAUGUGUUUGUGCCAAUAUUCAUCUUCGACGGAGCUACAGGACUAUCAGGAGCGUCCAAGGUUUCAUACAACCGCAUGAGGUUCCUGCUAGAAUGUCUGGCAGAUCUCAACUCUCAGCUGUCCAACUACGGAGGCUGCCUGUACAUACUGCACGGAGAACCUACGGAUGUCCUACGGAGGAUCAAACACACCAUAGGACUGCACCGGCUCAGCUUUGACGAGGAUUACGAGCCCAUCUGGCACAGGCGGGAUGCAGCUGUACGGCAGUUCUGUCAACAGGAGAAUGUGCAGACUAUAGAGAGAGGCUCUCACACACUGUGGGACCCGAGGAUGGUGGUGAAGACCAACGGAGGAGUAGCUCCUCUCACUUACCAGAUGUUCCUUCACACAGUAAGAGUUCUUGGACCUCCCCCUCGCCCUGUGGAGGACGUCAGUUUGUUGAAUGUGACUUUCGGACAGAUUAGCUCUAGUUUUUCAACAGACAGCGUUAAGAUACACCAUGGCGUGCCUACCCCAGAGGAGUUAGGGGUUCACCCGGAGACAGGGCUAGGGGAGAGGAUGGUCAGAUGGGAGGGGGGAGAGACCAAGGCUCUGAGACAAUUAGAGGAGCGAGCAGCAGUGGAGGGUACAGCGUUCAGGCAGGGACAGUACCUACCCAACCAAGCUCAGCCAGAUCUGCUAGGUCCUCCUACAAGUAUGAGUGCAGCACUCAGCACUGGCUGUCUCAGUGUACGCAGGUUCUACUGGCGUAUCCAUGAUCUGUACUCUACAAUACACCACGGCCAUGAGGCAGCAUGUGAGAACAUCACUGGACAGCUGGUCUGGAGGGAGUACUUCUACACCAUGAGUCUGGGAAACCCCAACUACGACAGAGUAGAAGGUAACUCGAUCUGCCUCGACAUCCCUUGGAGAAACUCCCAAGACAAAACCACCAGAGAGAUGAUGGAGAGAUGGAGACAAGGCAAAACUGGAUAUCCCUUCAUAGACGCAGCCAUCAGGCAGAUGAAACAGGAGGGCUGGAUUCACCACGUGGCUCGUAAUGCGAUUGCAUGUUUCCUCACCAGAGGAGAUCUGUGGAUCAGCUGGGUAGAAGGGUUGCAGUUCUUUCUGGAACAGCUGAUAGAUGCUGACUGGAGUGUGUGUGCGGGUAACUGGCUCUGGGUGAGCAGCAGUGCAUUUGAGCAGUUACUAGACUGUGACCAGUGUGUGUGUCCUGUCAACUUCGGUCGAAGGCUGGACCCCUGGGGACACUAUGUUAAACGAUACGUGCCAGAGGUAGAACAUCUCCCAGUAAAGUACAUCUAUGAGCCAUGGAAGGCCUCCCUAGAAGAGCAAGAGAAGGCCAAGUGUGUGAUAGGACGAGACUACCCAGAGAGGAUAGUGAACCAUCAGCAGGCAUCUCAGGCCAAUAGACAGAUGAUGGUGAGGAUAAGAGAUUCCAUGGUGGAGUCUCGGCCACAGCACUGUUGUCCUUCCAGUGUGGAGGAGGUGCGUCAGUUCAUGUGGCUACCAGACCAGUACUCUGGACACACUCAUGUUUGAACACAACACAGCAGGUUGUAAUAGUACUCUCGGCUGAUAAGACUUGUUUUCAUUAGGUGUGAUUUUGAAAUGAGAUAUUCUUUAUAUUAUUAGACAAGGCUAUGGCCACUUAGGCCUUCUUGGAUACAGUAAUCCUACAGUGACAAAAUACCACUGUGAACAAAUUGCUACUAUCCAGCUUUUUCCUCCAAUCCCCCAGCAUUUUUUAUUUACAUCUGUUUGCCACUUAGUUAGUGAAUGGUCUUCCCUGUUUAAAUGAUAAUCGUCUUGUUUAUUUGUGAAUGGAUUUGCUAUGUGUCCAUACAAUAGUAUUUUUGAAUAGGUCCAACUGAAAAUGGUUUAAAACUAAUUUAGGGAAUUCAGUGUCUUACAUCAGAUAAGAUCUUAAUCAAAAUAGUUUGAGGUUUGAGAUAAAGAUCUCUUACUUAGCUGAUCAGCUGCCUUGAGACAGUAGGCCUGUGUGAUAACUGUCUUUUCCUAAAGUAGUGCAUAGGUGUAGACUAAAGUUCAUCUAGGGUUUAGUAGAGAUUUUACAGAAAUAUAAAAUGAGACUAAAUAUAGACUGAUAAAUGACAGUGCAUUAUAUUUUAUAGACAUAUAGACAAUGACGAUUUAUAAACUAGAAUCUCGAUUGGGAGUUAUUACUAUGUUUUUAUCUGAACGGUUAAUUCAUAAGUGUCGUAAGCCUUAGAAGCGUACCUAGAUGUUGUGUAUUAAAAUGUUUACAUAAACUAUUAUUUGGAGAAUAGAGUUUAUACACGUAUUACACCGUAGAUUAAGUACAUUGUUGUAUUAUUGUUUCUUGACCAACAUUAUAGAAGGUAUUGUUUUUUUCCUCCUUUGCUUACUAUACCCUCUUAUAUUGUUUUAAAAUGUUCAUAUCUUUUACCCAAGUUACCAGACAUAGUUUUCCUAUAAAAAAAUCUAGAUUUAGGCAAAUAAUCAUGAA